GGCAGGGGAAGGGAGGGGCCAGGUGGUCUGUCUCUCAGCUGGUUCAGAGGCCAAAACGUCCGGCGCUGAAGCAUGGCUUCGUUGCUGUUCCUACCCGACCCUUCCUCCCCCGCAGAGCAGAAGAUCAGAAAGCUUGUUGCCUGAAAAAUGAUGUUAAAGAAUUAUUUUGAAUGACCUUCUGCACUUGGGGAGUUUCAAUAACACCGGGUGCAGUAGCAGAACAACAGAAGCUACAUAAUUGUAGUGGAUUUUCUCUGGCAGUAGGACUCUGAUAUACUUGAAGAAAAAAAAUGGGUCGGAUUUUCCUAGAUCACAUUGGUGGUACUCGCUUGUUCUCCUGUGCAAACUGUGACACAAUCUUGACAAACCGCUCAGAGCUCAUAUCUACCCGUUUCACAGGGGCUACAGGGCGAGCUUUUCUAUUUAACAAGGUAGUCAAUCUACAGUACAGUGAAGUCCAAGACCGAGUCAUGCUCACUGGUCGUCACAUGGUUCGUGAUGUGAGCUGCAAGAACUGCAACAGCAAGCUAGGCUGGAUAUACGAAUUUGCCACUGAAGACAGCCAGCGCUACAAGGAAGGCCGUGUUAUUCUGGAAAGAGCUUUAGUCCGGGAGAGUGAGGGAUUCGAAGAGCAUGUUCCAUCUGAUAACUCUUGAAUGGUCAUCUCCUUGACGUCAAGCAUUCUCUGUUGAAACUUAAAGAAAAUCAACAAAAAAAAAUUACUAUAUACACUGUCACCUUAGCAUCAGUGCUGGAUUCAUGAACUACAGAGAGGGAAAGAUUGUGAGAAUUCCAAAUGGAGCGUUUCUUUUUUUCUUUUUUAUCAUUUCUUUCAAUUAUACAUAGAGAAUGUUGUGUGGAUGCAGUAACUUUGCCUUUUCUCCUUCAAUCUCAGAUAUGUAUUUGAAGUUAUUAAUUAUCAGAAUGGAAAGAAAAGAAGGGUAUUACUUUUUUUAGAGAGAGAAAUCAGUUGGAUUUUAGUUUGCAAAACCUGUUACAUCAAGAGGAAAUUUUAGUCUAGCGAUGUCUUUUAAUUUAUUUCCAUUUCUGUCCUAAGGUUUUAAUUCAUUUUAGCCAGAUUUAUCACCUAAUCGCUGGCUUAAGAAGUAGGUAAAUUUCUGACGAAUGCUAAAGGUCCAGUGUUUAGUACAGUUUGUGCUGGCCGUUGGUUCAUAUUCUUGUUGGAGUUCAUUGAUAGUACAGGGCCUGUGUUUGUCUUUGUCUCUCCCUCUCUUCUUGUGUGUAACCCAAAGUUGUUGCCAUUCCUUAUUUACUUAAGUACUCCUUCUUCCAUGUUACAUGUUGAUUAUUAUUUUUAAGUAGAAAAAUCUGGAUUGUCUAUCCAGUUUUCAAAUGUAACUUACACAAUAAUAUAAAGAAAUGGCUGUCCAGUCUUGUGUUGCUUCAAAACUAUGUUGAUAGUGAUGGGGAUUGAGCAGUUGCUGUAGCUGAAGCGUAUUUCUUACCGUCUUGGCUGAUCUCCUUAAUUAGGAAAGUUGCAACUCUUAAUCUUAGGUCCCCCCUCCUUUUUCUAAAAUGUCUAGCUUUGCAUUUAAAAAACCUGGCUAUAAGAAAGAGGGGCAUGUCAGCAUGUACAGUUAUGUAUUACAGCCAGGCAUCUGAUCUACAACUCUUUUAAAUGGCUGACAGCUUGUCUUCAAAUGCUGCUUCUGAUGUCAAAGCUCUUAUUCUUAGUUGCAUCUUGUGGUGCUGCGCCUUUACUGCUUUUAUCAGCACAACAAGCUCAUCUGGCUAUACUUAAGUCUUUGAGUUACCUGGUGCUUCCUGUAGCAGUUACUUGUGUUGAAAUACUGGAUCUUGCUCAUCUGAACAAAACUUUCUCUAGACUCUCCAUAUUCAGGGGUGCCCAAACUUUGCUGCCAUCAUGGCCUGCCCCAAUUAAUUUUUUGGAAAAUUAAGAGCUGCAUCAUACAUGGUGGAUGACAAUUUCAUUAACUUUCCUUGUCAGUACUAGGCAUUUCAUAGACAAGGUAUUUGCCUUAUCACAACUGAUUCUUAAACAUUUGUUAAGUUCAAACAGUGAGCAAAAAAUACUGAGCAUCCCUGUUGCAAGAAGAAUAAUGGUCCAAACCACUUCAGUCCUAACCACACUUGCAGUGGCUGGGAUUGUUGGGGGAGGUGCCACUGCAAGUGCCUUUAGGAAUUGUUCCAUGAGCCCUAAUGCCCAAACUGAAGGGGUGUUAUGGGUGUAUGUUUCACACACUACAGGAGGCAUUCUGGCCAUUGAGCUGCAGUUUGGGCACCCCUCUUAGCUUGAACUUUAAAUAGCUCUAAUAUGCAACUUAGAAAGAAAACCUGUAGAUUUGUAUACAGCAGUUGAGUUGAAUCAGGAUACUUAAACAAUAGUGUACUUGUGCCUCUGAUGAGUAACCUUUAUUAUUGACUUCAGUAAAUCCCCUUUAUUUUAGUAGCUUAGUUUCACUAGCCGGACAACUUGUCAUCGGCACAGCCCUUGAUGUACUCUACAUGUAUUUUUGAUGUUGCAGUACAAUAAAGUAUGUUUUGUCCUG